UACACGCACAUCGAAAUUAAUUAACACAGCCACAUCCAUCUAAACGCUUCGCGACACACCUCGUCUAGUUUCAACCGCUGCAAUUGUUAUAGCUAAUUUUUGGCAACUCCGUAGUAGCCUUGCCAGAUCCUUGUGAAAAUGCUGCUAAGUCGACAAUAUCAGCUGCUCGAAAGGCCGCGUCGCGCUUCUGCGACGCUGCCGGUGCCUUCAUGGCAACAUCGGACUGCUGCUCCGACUGGGCCGCCCAGAGCGCCGCCCCUUCGCAGCCUCAGCCCCACCUCCUCCUUCGACGCCGACACCAACCCCCCGCCGUACGACACCUCUACCUCCACCUCCGCCCCUGCUGCCGCCACCCGCCCCCACCCGCCCCCUCCCGCCGGCCCCUCCGACCGCUGCUUCGCGCUGGAGACCAUGAGCGAGGACGGGCAGUCCUGGGUGCUUGGCGAGCUGGGGUCCAAGCUGGUGGGGCUGCGUCACACCACCCCUCGGGCCGCCUGCCGUACCACCCGCCUGCUGGGGUACCACGGCAACCUGGGGGAGGGGGACAAGGCGCUCAGAUGCGACGAGUUGGAUCUGGAUCUGGGCUGGGAGGCCACCUGCCGGGGCGCGGAGGGCAGCACCUUCACCGGGCAGGCAAAGGUGACCCUGGCCAGUCGCGACAAGGACGUGGUGGGAGUGGCGGUGCGUGUGGACCCCGCCUGCCUGCAGCAGCUGCCGGAGGGGGGGCGGGGGGCGCUGCAGGAUGUGGUGUACGCGGUUGAGUCGCUGGACACGGCCAUCAUGGAGCAGCUCAACGACUUCCUGUGGUCCAUGGAGGAGCACAACGAGCGCCGUCGACCCGCGGAGGAGGAGGAGGAGGAGGGGUGGAGCGGGGGUGGAGGCGGGCAGGAGGAGGAGGAGGCCAGCCGGGCAGCUUAGGGUGUUUCUUUUUUAUGUUAUAUGACUGGUGCUGCUGCUGCUGCUGAUGGCUCUGCUGUUCUGUUGCUGGCGCCGCCGGGGCUUCAGUGGCCAGCGGCGGUGGCGGGGGGCUUGCAAGCCGGCUGCCGGAUGCUUGCAAGAUGACGCUGAGUAGCGAGCCGUGGUGCCACAAGAGGCGCACAGUGCACAUGCGCUUUGCUGGCAGGCUAUAGACGAGUGAGCGUCCGCUUACUGGAACGAUACGCAUAGUACAGAGCUGUUUGCAUGCUGCACAACAUGAGGGGUGCAUCAGGGUGCCGCAGGAGGUGGUGCGUGAUGCAGCAGGUGGCCGUACAAGCCUUGCGGGUGCGGGUGUGAGCACCCGUACGAAGUAAGGAGGGGUUGAGUCGCCGAUGUUGGCUGUGUUUCACUCGUCAACAGCGGGGGCCUCACCCCUACACAGCAGGUCUUUUGCAUUGAAGCACAUAAGGCCACAGCUCUGCGGUACCGUUAUUGUUGAAUAUUCGUGUGCCACGGCGCUACGUUGUUAGAGCUCACUUCACUCUUGAGAUUGAGGCAGACCCGUGGUUCAUUGCUUGACGUUGAUAGGCACUGUUCGUUGAAAUGCGCUCUGCUGAAAUUUUGGGCGCGUUUGGGGCGGGGAGGGGUCGCUGCUGCCAUACUGCAUGGUUGGAGGUGGAAGCUGUAGAGCGACACAAUUCACCCUGUCGGUGGAAUGCAUGGCCAGGCUACAUAAGGC